UAGGUUUAUGGUGUUACUAACCUAACUUCACCUAACCGCUUAACCUAAUAAACACAAGCACAGAAAAUUUGACGUAUCGUUCAAGGAUCGAGACAAGUGUAUUACGUGUAAAUUACGACUCUUUAACUUCUUUAAUAAAACAAAUUCUACAAAAUGCCGUACGCUAAUCAACCAUCGGUUCACAUUUCCGAUUUAACCGAAGAAAAUGUGAAAUUUCAAGUAGAAGAUACCGAGUUAAGUGUAGCAAACAGCAUGAGGCGUGUGUUUAUCGCAGAAACACCUACUAUGGCUAUCGAUUGGAUUCAACUAGAAGCUAACUCUACGGUCUUAAGUGAUGAAUUCUUAGCACACAGAAUCGGUAUGAUACCGUUGAUUAGCGACGACGUUGUUGAUAGGAUACAAUAUACAAGAGAUUGCCAAUGCAUGGAUUUCUGUCCUGAAUGUAGUGUUGAGUUUACGUUAGAUGUAAAAUGCACAGAAGACCAAACACGGCAUGUAACCACUGCAGAUUUUAAGUCUAGUGAUCCAAGAGUAUUGCCUGUCACAUCCAGACACAGAGAGGAUGAUGCCAGCGAGUAUGGAGAAACAGAUGAGAUACUGAUAGUAAAAUUACGUAAGGGACAAGAAUUAAAAUUAAGAGCAUAUGCCAAGAAAGGCUUUGGAAAGGAACAUGCAAAAUGGAAUCCGACUGCUGGUGUAAGCUUUGAAUAUGAUCCAGACAAUUCCAUGAGACAUACAUUGUUCCCAAAACCUGAUGAAUGGCCAAAAUCAGAAUACAGUGAAUUGGAAGAGGAUCAAUACGAAGCAUCAUUUAAUUGGGAAGCUAAACCAAAUAAAUAUUAUUUCAAUGUUGAAAGUAGUGGAGCUUUAAAACCUGAGAAUAUUGUGAUGAUGGGCAUUGCUGCAUUGAAGAAUAAAUUAUCUAACUUGCAAACACAGCUAAGUCAUGAAGUUCAAAGUGAUGCACUGAGUAUUCAUCAUUAAGUGACAUGUCUUAUUGAUAAUUUAGAAUUAAAAUUAUUCCUACUUAUUCUUUUUAAAAUAAAAUUUGCAUCGAAAUUAUUGA